CCUGGCUAGGGUGGCUAGGGCGAUGCACAUGUUGGACACUGGAGGGAUUCUCAGACUCCCACAGGAUGAACAGCAUCGUUCGCGGGUGAGAAAACGUGCAGUAGCCCGGUGUUAAGUUAACUUAGAAUGGUCGGCGUUAGUUGCACCAACCUCUCGCACAGUGUGCGGUGUCUGUAGCAAGGUCUGUUGUUGGCAGCCAGCUGGAAAUGAGCCAUCGUAGUAGCCGGGAAGCAGCCGGCCGAACACAGCAAUCAUAGUUAAUCAAUCAUAGCAACGAUGGAUUGGAGUGCAUUUGUGUGGAAUGAUGGAGGGAUAAGAGCGACUCCAAGUUAACUACUAGGCUAGUCUCGUAACACAAGAUCGACGGCCACCAGGUAACUAGGGACUAGGAACGAAGAACGGGAUGUGUCGUUUUAUUCAGACACAGAUGAGGAAAUGCGAGCGCCAUCAGGAUAAGAUCAAUCUGUCGAACAAACCGUGGGAGAGGUCGGAGAUUUAUACUCUCUGCAUGCGAGCCUCCAAAAGCCUCAACGUGGGAAAACAUGCAAACUGUGUCUAUUAUUGUUGAGGAACAAUAUCAAGAAGAUCCUCCAGCUAGUUAGUGAGUUAUUUAACUCGCGCCACGAUUGAAUUUACACUAUUUUUUCCGUCUUUUUUCUUUUUUAGCCCCUAGCAUCAUCUAAAUCAAAGGCACGUCCCAGUCAAUCCAGUCAAUCCAGUCAGUGCAGGCUCUGCGGAUGUGGCUUCAUCUACUCGUUUGCAGAAGAGACCACUACCACUACCACUACCAUUAACCUAUUAAUAUUCAUUAUUGUAUUGCUUUAUCUGAGCUAAUCAUCUCUGUCUGCGUGCUCCAGCUUCAACUGCCUGCCCAGGUCCAUUGCUAGCGGCCAAGCGGUAGUUAUGGCCCCAGCCUCCAGCCAUCCCCAAACCUGCUUCGAUUAACUCCAUAACAUACCACCCAUGCGGCCCGCGUCUGUCCAUCUCACUCCAUUCGCCGUCAUCUGCCCCUUGUCCGAUUGGCAGUCAGUCCCUGGACUCUUCUGCGAUUCUCCUGCGUCAAAGGACGUGGGGGAAACGAAACAAGUUAAUUAAACAAUUAUGGCCAGGCCUCUCAGAGCGCUAGCCGCGUUCUGCCUCCUGCUUCUCACAUACCUCUCCAUUCACGCGCUCAGAAGAUCAUCGGAUGCCAGGAUAUACAUUCUGCCCUCUGCCCUCGAAACCCGUUCCCUCCAGGCCCGCCAGAUCGAAUUUUGGCAUGCCCUUCUGCCGAUCCUCCGCCAAAAUGCGCCGGAUUGCCCGCCCCCACGUCGAGAUCGCCAGGCGGAUGCGGUCGGGUUCAACGCCGCCCAGCCGCCACCACGUCCUUCCCUGAUCUCCAUGCCGGAGGGAGAUGUACUGAAGAUGCAACAGGCGCAUACACGGUUCCUUCAGCAGGUUAUAGCGUCCCCCAAUUUGAAGCCCGUGGUUAUUCCGAAAAGUCGCGGAGUGGUAUCUACAGCGGGGGGGAAGUAUCUGCCCGUUUUCAUAUCCUCGUUGCGCAUGUUACGCCGUACUGGUUCAAAUCUCCCCGUCGAACUCUUCCUCAAAGACCGUGCCGAAUAUGAGAGCAGCAUUUGCGACGACGUCAUCCCCUCCCUGAACGGCCGCUGCGUUGUCCUUUCCGAUAUUCUAAGCGCUUCUCCAGUACGCACAGGCGACGAUGGCGACUCGGCUAAUGACACUGGCGACCAAAAACCUCUGGUCGAGAUAGCCCACUACCAGCUCAAAAUCUUCGCUAUGCUCUUCUCCUCCUUCGAAGAAAUCGUCUGGUUAGACGCAGACUGUUUUCCUUUACGCAAACCGGAAGAACACCUCGACUUAAACCCUUUCAAACUGACCGGAAUGGUCACCUGGCCCGAUUUCUGGAUCUCCACCGUGUCCCCCCUAUACUACAACAUAUCACAACAACCAAUCCCUUCCGUGGGGCUACGUGCCUCGUCAGAAACGGGCCAAAUCCUCCUAUCCAAGAAGACACACCCAAUAACCCUCCUUCUCGCUGCCUACUACAACUAUUACGGACCCUCCCAUUACUUCCCGCUUCUCUCACAAGGUGCGCCAGGUGAAGGUGACAAGGAGACAUUCCUCCAGGCCGCCUCUGCAGCGGGCGAACCCUUCUACGCCACCAGCGAAGCCGUCACGGCAAUUGGACAUGUAAAGAGAAAAGAUGGCACUGACAUCGCCGGUUCCGCAAUGGUCCAAUUCGACCCUUCUGACGAAUAUCGCAAUUACCAACUCACCCUCACAAACUCCCACAAGAAAAACAAUAAUAAUCAUAAUAAUAACAACCACAACCACCAUAGCAACAACAACAAAACCUCACCCCGCGUCUCCUUCAUCCACGCCAACUUCCCCAAAUUCAACCCAGCCACCGUCUUCGACUUAGCCCACGAGACAAAACCGACCUACCGCCCCGACGGCAGCGACGGACGCGCCUGGGUCGUGUCGCGCGACACCCUCGCCCGCUUCGGCUAUGAUGUCGAGCGCGCAUACUGGGAGGAGAUCCUGUGGGUGGCCUGCGAGCUGAAGGGCAAGUUUCGCUCGUGGGAAGGGAAGGAGGGUAUCUGCGAGCGGGUGCAGAGGUAUUGGGGGAAUGUGUUUGGGGCGGAGGCGGAGGGUGUGGAUGUGGAUGGGGUGAUGGGGCUUUGGGGGACGUGAUGGAUCGAGCUUUAAAAUCGAUUAUCGAGCCAAAGGAGGAACGCAUUUCCCUCCCCUCUCUCUUCCUGCGACUGGGGCAUCAGUGUUCGCGGUUGAUGGUUGGGGCGAGCAGUCGGCUAUUGAUAUGGAAUGAGUGUUGUAUAGUUAGUUCUUACUAACUUUCUUUUUUUUUCCCCUUUUGGGGGGGGGGGGGUUCUUUCUUCUUUUGCUCUUGAGCGGGACCAACAAGUAACUUUCAUAUCCAUAUUUCUUUCAUAUAUUUUUUUAUUCCCCGGUAUAUAUCCCCUUGGGGAGGCGUUGGUGGUCCCCAACAGUGUGCACCUGGGCCUGUCUAUGUCAUUGCUCAGCAGUCCCACGCCCCUGUGUCUCUUUACUUUCGCCGUUCGUGUUCGUGUCAUUGCUUGAUUCUUGCACAUGCGUUUUGAUAUAGAGAUCGCUGUAUACAUAAACGUGCAUACAUAUAGAUAGAUAGAUACACUCGGUUAGAGAGAUAGAUAGAGAGACCCGGGUUCCUGAGCUUCGUGCUUUGCAAGGGUACAUGUACCACAAUGUCUAUGGAGUGAUAAUGAUGAUAGUUUUAAUUGGUGCUUUCUUACUGACUUAAAGAAGGAGAGAACUGUGCGGAAUACGUGUUCAAUCUAUCAAUACUCCGUAUAUGGUGUUCAAUAUUCAUUGGUCAGAGAAGAGUACGGCUUUCCAUGAAAGAAAUAGUAAGUAAGUAAUAAUAAUAAAAAGAGAGA